AUGUUGAGUAAUUUAACAGAUUCUUCUUUCUAAAUAACCUGUGUGAUUUUAAUUAAAGGAAUUUGUUAUUUUUACUUACCUUACUUGUGAUGUUUUCAUAAUAAUUGCUACUUUGUUUAAAUUAAGUGAACACGUGGCGCCCCCAAGCGUCAGCGGACAGAGUUGCACGGAAUGAAUGCAAGUGGGGGCUCUGCUAUAAAUAGCCCACACGGCUGCUGGAAAAGGCAGUCUCGUUUCUGACUUGACUCAAGAGCGUUCUGCUUGCAUUCUGCUCCCGGCAAAACUGUCGGUCCACUCUUGGUCUUAGUACCUACCUAUGCUGACUUGUACCUAGUCAAUAAACUUCGUACCACAUAUCUUAAGUGACUUGAUUUCGAUCGAGUGCUUAGCACACUUUUAUAUUGCCAUUUUUUUGCUUUUGAUUAUUUCUUUAUUGCUGUGUAAAUUCUACUGACCUUUAAGUUGCUCGAUUAUUUAUAAUCGAGCACUUAGCACACUGUUACUCUGCCCGAUUUCUUAUUGCUUUAUUACUGUGUAUCUGAUGAUUGAUUAUUGUUAUUUCUGUGUGUAAAUUACUUUAUCUCCAUUUAUUAUUGAAUAAACUGAUGUAACCGAUACAUAAUAACCCUUUUAAUCCUGAAAAUGGAUAACCCGCCUCCUGAUGACGCCCACGAUCCUACAUCAGAAGUGGGAUCGGUUCGGGCUGAAUCGCGGACUGAGGACCUAUGGCGAUUAAUGUUUGAGCAGCAAACCCGUAAUAUGAAACAAUUAAUAGAAGCUAUUAAAGGGCCCUCAAUUUCAUCUGCGAUUUCUAUGCCUGAAUACAACCCUGAUACACCUGAUUCUGACGCUCGUGCCUGGAGCAAUACUGUUGAUCUCAUCUUAUCAGAGCAACCGCUCCAAGGUGCUCCUCUGAUUAUUGCCCUCAGUAAAGCCUUGAAAGGGAGUGCAUCUUCAUGGCUUUCGCAGAUCUCAUAUUCUGGCAUGACGUGGCCUGAUUUUCAAAGUAUUUUCCUUUGUCGUUUCGAUCUAAAAGAAACUAGUGCAGCCACCAUUAUCAAACUAACAAACACCCAACCAAAAGAUGGAGAAGCUUUAGCAGCCUAUGCAAGUCGCUUAGUCUCCUCUUUAAUCACCAAGUGGAAUGGCCUAACUACUGAACAAAUAGCCGUUGCUAGUGUUCUCGCACACGUGUCAAAGUUUGAUUCCCGUGUUCAUCAUCUUGCUCACACCACCGACGUAACUUCUAGGACGAAGUUACAGCAAGAAUUAAAUGUUUUCACGCAAUUAAAGCGAAAAUUUUCGUCCACUGAAAAUACUGACGCUUCAGAACCAAAACGUUCUAAACUACCUACCCCAGUUUGCCACUACUGUGGUAUUGUUGGUCACAAAGCUAACAUGUGUCGUAAAAGGGCCGCACAACUAAAAUCGACUUCUUCAUCCAGCUCAUCUACUAAACCUUGGACCAAACCAACGGAUGUCGUCUGCUACCGAUGUGGACAGUCUGGACACAUCGCACCAAGCUGUCCGAACGCAGCUGGACCAAGCAAUGGCACAACUGGACCUGCCGGGACCCGAGGGGCUGGCUCGAGAAGUGGACCUGCAGUAGAGCGCCGAGUCGAAUCUUGCGAGGUUCAACCCAUCACCGGCGUGAUGAAACAAUCUAAUCAACACGAGGACGUGUGAUUGUCAGUUCUGGCCGUGUCGGAUCAUAAUAUUGUAAUGUACAGAGUUUAUUAAUUAUUCCUUUCUUGAUUUUUAUUUAAGAAGCUUUAGUUUAGUUCUAAAUAAUCUCUUACUGAUUGUGUAACGAAAAUAAUUAUUUACAAUGUCUUUUUAUAAGAUUC